ACCAACCAAAUCAAAUCAAAAAAAUGUUGCGCAUUAUCUUCCUCUUGUCUCUCCUCUUCGCUCUCUCCAAUGCCUCAGUUCAAGACUUCUGCGUCGCCAACCUCAAACGCGCUGAGACCCCCGCUGGCUACCCUUGCAUCCGCCCCAUCCACGUCAAAGCCUCGGACUUCGUCUUCAGCUUAGGCACUCCUGGUAACACCACCAACAUCAUCAGCGCCGCGGUGACACCAGGCUUCGUCGCUCAGUUCCCGGCUCUGAACGGUCUAGGCAUCUCUACUGCUAGGCUUGACCUAGCACCUAAAGGUGUGAUCCCAAUGCACACUCACCCUGGCGCCUCUGAGGUUCUCUUCGUCCUCGACGGCUCUAUCACCGCUGGAUUCAUCUCCUCUGCCAACUCUGUCUACGUGCAGACGCUUAAACCGGGACAGGUCAUGGUGUUCCCGCAGGGCUUGCUUCAUUUCCAGAUCAAUGCUGGUAAAACCCCUGCUGCUGCGUUUGUCACUUUCAGCAGUGCGAGUCCUGGUCUCCAGAUUCUUGACUUUGCGCUAUUUGCUAAUACUCUUUCCACUGAACUCGUCUCAGCUACUACUUUCCUACCGCCUGCUACAGUCAAGACGCUUAAGGGUGUUCUUGGUGGAACUGGCUAAGCAAAAAAAAAACAACGCCUGUUUGUUUUUUCUUUUCUCCUCUUUGAUGGAUUCUUCUUGUCUUGUCUGUUUUGUUAUUCCUUUGUAAUUCUUCAAAAAAACCUGUCAACAUGGUUACAUUGUAAUGUGAGUUUUUCAUUUCAUAUCUUGAGUU